AUGAAGAUACCGACCAUGUCCUCCCUGCUCCUCGUCUCAGCGCUGCUCCUCCACGGCGUCGCGACGGCAUGGCAGCUCCCGUCCUUCCGGACUCCCUUGGUCUCCUCCUGGCUCGGGGACGCGUCGUCCCCGGGCAUGCCGCAAUUCGGCCUCGACACGGAGUACCCGUGGCUCUGCGCCACCCCCGCCCAUCGUCCCGAGACGGACACCCGUGUGACCGAUCCGUUCCACAGCCUGGAGAUCUGCGACAGCUACUGCGGUCGCCCCGACGCCAACUGCACCGCCAUCAUCGAGGAGAGACGUGGCAUGGAAGAGCUCGGGGUUGGGUCCAAUUGGUUCCGUUCAUCUGGAGAAGAAGAGCAACAGUUGCGAGAACUCACAGGGCUCUUGGCCACGUUCCCGAACCUAAGACACCUCCACCUGCCGCGGUCCGCCGAGCUGGACAUCGGCUUCGACGGCGGGCUUCCUUGGUGCGGCAACGCCUAUUUCGACGAAGACGCUCUGAGUCUCUGGAUGGGAGUGCAGGCGGAGGACAUGGCGGCCACGCGGCGCGCCGGGGAGAUCGUCCGGGACGCGCUCCCGGGGUUGAAGGGCUUGUAUGUCAGAUGCGAGGAAGGUGGGGAGCAGUACGGCAACUUCACCGCCGAUUCCGAGGGACAUGAGUUUGUGGACUGGACGUGGGUCGGUGACUUGGCGUACGCGGCGCAGGUGAUGGGGUAA